AUUCCCACCUAUUAGGCUAAGGGCAAUUUGGUCAUUUCUCCUCUACAUUCCAUGGUUAUUGGGAUCUGCUGCUAAUUUGUCUAAUGAAACAGAUAGGCUUGCUUUGCUCCACUUCAAACAUCUAAUAACUGAAGAUCCUUUCCAUUCCUUGAGCUCAUGGAACCAUACUCUCCACUUUUGCCACUGGCAAGGAGUCACAUGCAAUGGUCGCCGGCACCCUCAAAGGGUCACUGAAUUGAACCUCACUGGACAGAAGUUGGUGGGCCCCAUAUCUCCUUUCAUUGGGAAUCUCACCUUCCUCAGGACAAUUGAUCUUGGAGAAAACUACUUUCAUGGCUCAAUUCCUCAGGAGAUGGGCCGGUUGUUUCGCUUGCAGUAUCUUAGUCUACUAAAUAACACAUUCACUGGAGAAAUUCCAGAAAAUCUGACCCACUGUUUGAAACUUGAAUUCCUUCAUCUUUAUAGGAAUCAGCUCAUAGGGAGGAUUCCAAUUGAGCUUGGCUCUCUACCCAAGCUCAGCUACUUGAUUCUUUCUCACAACAAUCUUGUAGGAAGCAUCCCGCCUUCACUCGGAAACAUUUCGUCUCUCACUUACCUUCAUCUGACAAGAAAUAGUCUAGAUGGCAGCAUUCCAGAAGAACUUUGUCAAUUAGUGAAUUUAAAUGUUUUUAGCGUAGGUGGAAAUGAACUUUCAGGUAAGAUUCCGCACCGGCUAUACAAUCUCUCCUCUAUUAACAUUUUGGCAGUGGGAGAUAACAGAUUCCAUGGAAACCUUCCUCCUAACUUGGGCCUCAGUCUUCCAAAUCUCGAAGAACUUUAUGCCGAAAGCAAUCAAUUCACAGGACCCAUACCAGUUUCAUUAUCCAAUGCUUCAGGACUGAGACUUAUUCAACUAGAUAAUAAUAGUUUUGGUGGAUCAGUGCCUAUGAAUUUUGGAAGCCUCAAGGAUCUCUCCAUCUUAUUAUUGUGGGACAAUGAACUUGGAAUUGGGAAAACUCAUGACUUUGAGUUUUCUCGAUUCUUUGACCAAUUGCAGUAGCUUAAAAUGGCUAGACGUAAGCGGUAACCAUCUCGACGGUACGUUGCCCAACUCCAUGGCUAAUCUUUCGACCCAACUGACAUGGCUAGCUUUUGCAAGAAACAGGAUAUUCGGAAGCAUCCCGUCUGGGAUUCAGAAUCUUGUCGGCUUAACAAUGUUGGAUAUGAUGAAUAACUUCUUAACAGGUACUAUACCCGUUGGUGUUGGGAAGCUUAAGAAAGUGGAGGAAAUUUUCUUGGGUGCAAAUGAAUUAUCUGGGCAAAUUCCAUCUUCCUUGGGAAACAUCUCUCGGUUGUAUCAACUUGAUUUAGAUGGAAACAGUCUGACUGGGAGCAUACCUUCAAGUCUUGGAAAUUGUACAUACAUGCAGUUCAUAUACCUCCAUGAUAAUAAUCUUAGUGGUAGCUUACCCAUACAACUUUUCAGAUUUCCCUCUUUAAUUGAAGUCAAUGUUAGAAACAACUCUUUUACUGGUAAUCUGCCAUUGGAAGCUGGUUACUUGAAAAAUCUCCAGGUAUUGAAUGUUUCCAAUAACAAAUUGUCAGGCGAAAUUCCAAGCUCGCUAGGGAAUUGUCUAAGACUAGAGUAUCUCUUUUUGGAUGGGAACUUCUUUCAAGGAUCAAUUCCUUCAUCAUUUAUUACUUUAACAGGCCUUCAAUCCCUGGAUCUUUCAAGCAACAACUUGUCUGGAAACAUUCCACAAUACCUGGAGAACCUUCCUGCUUUGCGGUAUCUAAAUCUAUCUUUCAAUAAUUUCGAGGGUGAAUUACCAAAACAAGGUGUCUUUAGAAAUGCCAGUGAAGUUUCAGUACUCGGAAAUAGUAAGCUUUGUGGGGGUAUUCAAGAAUUGAAAUUGCCAGCAUGCUCUAGCCAAGCUUUCAAGAAACGGGGGAUGUCUCUUGCUUCAAAAGUAAAAAUCUCGAUAAUUGUUGUUGUCCUGUGUCUUAGUUCAUUGUCGUGUUCCUUUGCCACUCUUUAUUGGGUAAGAAAGUCGAGAAGGAAACCUUUUCCUGUGCCUUCUAUGGAGGAUCCUUUCAUGAACAUGUCAUACGUGGAGCUUUUUAAAGCGACAGAUGGCUUCUCUUCUGCAAAUUUGAUUGGUAUUGGAAGUUUUGGUUACGUGUAUAUAAAGGAACAUUAGAUCAAGAUGGAACUGUUAUUGUAGUGAAAGUCCUCAAUCUUCAGCAGCAAGGAGCUCUAAGGAGCUUCAUGGCUGAAUGCGAAGCCUUGAGAAACAUUAAGCAUCGGAAUCUUAUUAAAGUCUUAACUUGUUGCUCAAGCAUUGAUUUUAAAGGCAACGAGUUCAAGGCUUUGGUUUUUGAGUACAUGCCCAAUGGAAGUUUAGAGAAGUGGUUGCACAGAGAUGGGGAUGAUCAGUUGAGGGGAAAUUUAAACUUUAUUCAAAGGCUAAAUAUAGCUAUUGAUGUGGCUUCUGCACUGGAUUAUCUACAUCACCAUUGCCAUACAUCAAUCAUUCAUCGCGAUUUAAAACCGAGCAACAUUCUUCUUGAUGAUGACAUGAUUGCUCAUGUGGGUGAUUUUGGAUUAGCGAGGUUCUUAUCUGAGGUUGCUCAAACCAACUCGCUUGGGGUGAAGGGAUCUACCGGCUACAUCG